AUGACUGCAGCGGCCGAAGUUGUGCACUUCACACCUAGAGUGCUAACCGUUGAAACGCUGCAAUCACUUGUGAAGAACGUGAGCGCCGAAGAUUGGAUAAUCGCUUUUCGGUCCGUUGACGCGACACCUCUUCACAACGAUAGCCUCAUCCUAGCAGCGAGUGAAAGCAUUUUGACGGCGAUGGACACCCUCUUUGGAGUUUACACAGCGAGAGAUAUUUGGUUCCACACGGUGUGGUGGUUCGCGCAAGCUAUUGGCAUUGUAGCUGUCAAGACCCUCUUUUCAGACCUCAAGGUCCAUCCACUUGGGAAAGCCCUACAGUCCAUUGUGUGUGCCAUGCACGUCGACGGCUCGUAUGGUGCGCUUCUCGCCGCCAAUUUCAAGUCGCAUCUCUCCACCACCGAGCAGCAGACCAUCAGGCAACUUCUCGACAACAUCCACGCAGUCGCUGUGGAGAAGGUGCGCUCAUCCACCCUGCUCACGUCAUCCACCAAGUCUGCACUAGCAACGAUGCUUGAGAACACCGAAAGCGUCGUGUGGCCGCAACAUGAUUUCGACAGCAAGGGAGCUCUCGAUAGCUUCUACGGCUCAGCUUACGCUAAGGCUGACAGUUUUCUUGGCGAGUGGUUGUGGAGCAGGAAGCAAAUGCAGCGAGUCAGGGUCAGCGCUGUGCACACUGAGGCGAGCACUGUGCAUAUGCUAUCCUUAAGGUACCUUGGUUGGUACGACGUCGCUCGUAGCAUCAUUUCCAUCUCACCUGCAGCUCUGGCGCCUCCUUUCUACUACUCCGCUGGUACAAGCGCUAUGCUGUAUGGGGGGAUCGGUUACAUUUUCGCUGCACAAACGCUAUCCGCUCUGAACACAAUGUUCUACCUUAUGAAAGGGGAUGAAAUCCUUUUGCCAACUGACGUGACCAGUCGCCGUGCUCUGUGGAGCACGUUUUCGUGCUCCUCUAACAACAAUACCUACCUGCUGUUUCCCGACCUUCCAGCUGUGGACGUAGCUUAUUCGGCCUACUUGCAGUAUAGAGACCAAUCAUCUGAUCUGCCCCUCCAAGGCUUCAAGGGAUACAGCGCCGAGCAGCUCUUUUUCAUCAACUACUGCCAUGCAGGAUGUUACAUUGACAAUAAGGGAGCUCACGUAAAUCCCCUGUGCACCGCCGUUCUAGGCAAGUUCGCCCCUUUCGCCAUGGCGUUUUCUUGUCCACUGGGAUCACCAAUGAACUCUGGUGACAGGUGCAGCUACUUUUGA